GGUAAAUUAGCUGGAUCAUAAAAUUUGUGCACAGAAAUUCAAAUGAGUAAAGACUAACACUUGAGCGCUUACAUUACCAAAAAUGAAUGAUUUUUCAGAAGUCUGAUAUGAGACUUUCUGGUCAUUGUACAGGAGCCUAAGCCGAAAUAAUGUCUGCUCAAACUCAAAUAUUGGAGCCAGUAAUUCAGCCAAUUCACCAAUAUUCCGUUUCUGCUCGCAACCCAACCCACCAAUCCAUUCACCUUCACUCACCCCUGACCUACGCCCAUCUAUCCUUCCUUGACAAACCUGUAAAUUCAACUACAUAUGCGUCAGUUCUCGAGUCUUGUAAAUGCCCGAAUUUAGGAAAACAAGUGCACGCACAUGCCAUCAAAACUGGGUUUCGCGGCCACGAGUUUGUGGAAUCCAAAUUGCUGCAAAUGUAUGGUCGGUGUGGUCGUUUAGGGGAUGCAAACUUAUUGUUUGAUAAAAUGCCGCUUAAAAACUUAUAUUCUUAUACCGCCAUUCUUAACUUGUAUGAAGAUGUUGGAUAUUUUAUGGAAGCUGUUUCACUUUUUCAAGAAUUGCUUUUUGAAGACAUUCAGUUGGAAUUUUUCUUGUUUCCGAUAAUCUUGAAGAUUUGCAGUGGUCUUUCUAUGGUAGAACUAGGGAGACAAUUACAUGGGAUGGUGAUAAAAUAUCAGUUUGUUUCGAAUAUUUAUGUAGGUAAUGCUCUUAUUGAUAUGUAUGGCAAAUGCGGAAGCUUAGAUGAUGCAAAGAAGUUUUUGAGUAUGAUGACAGAAAGGGAUUGUGUGUCAUGGAAUUCUAUUGUCACAGCCUGUGCUGCCAAUGGAAUGGUUUUUGAGGCAUUGGAGUUUCUUGAGAGAAUGUCUUCUUCGGAUGAUAUAAUGCCGAAUCUUGUAUCUUGGAGUGCAGUUGUUGGAGGUUUUGCACAAAAUGGGUUUGAUCAGGAGGCCAUAGGGAUGUUUUUUAGGAUGCAAGCAGAAGGGCUGCAACCGAAUGCACAGACUCUAGCAAGCGUUCUUCCUGCUUGUGCUAGAUUACAAAAGCUAAACCUUGGCAAAAAUUUUCAUGGUUUUAUCACACGGCAUGGAUUUAUGUCUAAUCCUUUUGUUGUGAAUGGAUUAAUUGAUGUGUAUAGGAGGUGUGCUGAUAUGGGAAGUGCUUUCAAGUUAUUUUCAAAGUUCUCUGAGAAAAGUAAUGUGUCUUGUAACACAAUGAUUGUUGGGUACAGUGAGAAUGGUAACAUUUCGAAAGCUAGGGAGCUAUUUGACCAGAUAGAGCAAAUGGGUAUCAAGAAAGAUACAAUUUCAUGGAACUCGAUGAUUUCUGGAUAUGUAGACAACUUCUUGUUUUACGAAGCAUUGAGCAUGUUCCGAGAGUUGCUGAUGGAAGACGGUAUUGAACCCGACUCUUUUACCUUUGGGAGUGCUCUUACUGCUUGUGCUGAUAUGGCUUCUUUGCGACUAGGGAAAGAGAUACAUGCCCAUGCCAUUAGUUUGGGUCUGCAAUCUAAUACCUUUGUUGGUGGAGCUUUGGUAGAAAUGUACUGUAAAUGUCAUGACCUAGCGGCUGCUCAGAUAGCUUUUGAUGACGUAAUUGAAAGAGAAACAGCAACAUGGAAUGCUUUGAUCUCUGGUUAUGCCCGCUGCAAUCAAAUUCAAAGCAUUCAAAAUCUUCUGCAAAAGAUGAAAGAAGAUGGCUUUGAGGCAAAUUCUUAUACUUGGAAUGGUAUCAUUGCGGGUCACGUGGAAAAUGGCCACCAUGUUGCAGCUAUGCAGCUGUUCUUCGAAAUGCAGGCUUCAAAUCUGACUCCUGAUAUUUACACGGUUGCAAUAGUCUUAUCUGCGUGCUCAAGUUUGGCCACAAUGGAGUGCGGGAAGCAGGUUCAUGCUCAUUCAAUUAGACGGGGGUUCGACUUAGAUGCUUAUAUCGGAGCAGCCCUUGUGGACAUGUAUGCAAAAUGUGGUAGUUUGAUGCAUGCCCAAUUGGCUUAUAAGAGGAUAUUGAAGCCUGAUUUGGUUUCCCAGAAUGCAAUGCUUACGGCAUAUGCCAUGCACGGACGUGGAGAGGACGGAAUUGCUCAUUUUCAAACAAUGCUAGCCAAAGGCUUUAGACCAGACGAUGUGAGUUUCUUGUCAGUUCUUUCAUCCUGUGUCCAUGCUGGUUCCAUUGAGAUGGGUUGCAGAUUCUUUGAUCUAAUGGAGUUUUAUAACGUGAAACCUUCGGUAAAACACUACACAUGUAUGGUUGAUCUCUUAAGUCGUGCUGGACAGCUUCAUGAAGCUUAUGAUAUCAUUAAGAAAACUCCGGUGACACCUGAUUCAGUGAUGUGGAGUGCUUUGCUUGGAGGUUGCGUCAUUCAUGGCAAUGUCGAGUUAGGGCAAAUUGCUGCAGAGAUGCUCAUAGAACUGGAACCAAACAAUACUGGAAACUAUGUUCUGCUAGCAAAUUUAUAUGCUUAUGCUGCUAGAUGGUCUGAUCUAGUAAGAACAAGACAAAAAAUGAAGAAAGAAGGAAUGCAGAAGAGCCCAGGCUACAGUUGGAUUGAGGACAAAGAUGAGAUACAUGCUUUUCUUGCUAGUGAUAGAUCUCACGAGAGAACAGGUGAGAUUUACAACACCUUGAAUUCUCUAACCCUAAAUAUAAAAACACAAUUUGAAAUUGCUCUGUAAACACAACACUGGCAAGUUAUUUUAUGCAAUGAGACCAUUCUCAA